CUCCGGCUUUUUCCUUGAUGAAUAGGGGUCGGAAAGUCGCACGGACUGCACCAAACGUCCCUUAACGGAAAUACUCUCCUCUCUACGUCCGAUGACAAGGGCCCUUUCACGCACGUCCACCCCCAGAAGCGACUUAGCUUCCUCCGGCUCCGCCCCGCUACUUUACACAGGUAGCGGCGGUUCGUUACGAUUUUCCUUUUUUUCAACACCACCACCUCAUUUCCUGCCUGUUGGACAAGCCUCGCUUGCCCGGUCUGCAGGCGAGGCUCGCGGCGUUGGCCGCGGCUGCGUGUCGUCCGAGGCUGUUGUUGCUGUGCUUGCAAUGUAUGUCUGGCGUCUGGCGUCCGGCGUUGAUCAGUGUAGAGACAGGGCGGCGGCGACGCGGCAUGGCGGAGACGAUCUGCUUUCCGCCUCACUCAAUUUUCUCGGGCCCCUGGCACACACAUGUUGGCGUUCAUCAUCGCCAUACUCGGACGUUCCAUCAUUUUUUAUAUGUGCAUAUCAAAUCAGUUUUUUGUCUUGUUUUUUGUCCUGCAAUGUAUAUCCAAUCAAUGACGACCAACAAAACAAAGAGAGCAGCGCUUUCCCGUUUUUCUUUACUCUUUUCCUUUUUGAUUAUUUUUAGUCUUACGAUUUUUUUGUUGCCUGCAGCAGUCUGCAGAGGAUCGUGACAUGGAUUCGGCAUGGGGCGGCGCGGAUUAUCGCCUUCAUCAUUGGGAUCAUCGCUAUAGCACCGUUUGUACUACAAGCAUGGGUGGGCCGGCUCCAUUGCAUUAUACAUCACGUACAUAUUGCACGCACAUGGCUAGCGGAUAUUGUAUCAUAUCAUGGCACACAAUGGGCCCAGGGAAUCGGUAAGUUAGAUAGGUUAGGGAUGUACUUUUCCGGACCGCAAUGGCUGGGCUGGGCUGGAUGGGGCUUGGCGGGUUGUAUGUAUGUAUGUAUGUAUUGUAUGUACAGGCGUCCGUGCAGCGCAAUAUAGAGCAGAUCUCUCCCUAGCCUAGGUGCCUCUCUCUCUCGCUCUCUCGCGUGCCUCU